AUGGGAAAGUCUCAGAAGAAGCGCAGCAUGCGCAGACAUAACCCAAUGCGUGUUCCAGACUCGCAUCUUGCGAAAGGUCUCGCCUCCGCAUCCGCUUCGUCUUCCAAGGGCGAAGCCAUCCUCCCAAUCAUACAGAAACUUGACAGCGUGGACACUGCAGACAGAAAAUGGGCCUGUGUCGCGGUCUCAAAUUUGAUCCACAACGAUCCAUCUACGAGGCGAUUGCUGCAGAGCAAAAAUAUUGUCGGCGCGUUGAUCACUCGCCUGUCGGAUAGUGAGGAGGAGGUUGUCGUAGAAGCUGCGGGAUCUCUGCGAAAUCUAUGCAUCGAUGGUGGUUUCGACAUCUGCGCCGAGAUGUUCAACAAGAACAUCCUGGCUCCUCUAAAAACUUUUAUACCCAAGAUCUCCAGCACUCUGUCGCAAUACCUCGCUUCGCCCAAGAAUGCACCUGAAAAUGCGCAAAAGCUUGUCUACGAGUUCGCUGACAAUGUAAUCACAAUAUUGUGGUGUCUAUCAGAGACCUCGAACAAGGCCUUGAAUGCGAUCAACCAAAUAUCCCUCGUACCUUUUCUGAUGUCCUUCUUGGCGUCGAGGGGACAACUGCCGAUAUCGACUACUACUUCGGCAGCACAGUGUUUGUACGUGCUGACAGAUGAAAACCCUUCUAUCAUAAACGAGGUUCGCACGAACGCCGAGUAUACCACAUGUUUGCUCGGCGUUGUGCGGUCUGAAGACACGGCCCCAAAAUCGAACGGCAAAGAGAAGGACAAUUCUGAUCCGAGAGCGUCUGCUUUCCGUGUACUCUGCUGUGGCAUUCUCAGGAAUGUCUCGCCUAUCCCUCCCCCUUCGAUAGCCGCUACCGUUGAUCUCGACCGGGACGUAAUCAUCCCGAAUCUAGAGCCGGUCUUGACCUCGAUAGACCUACAGGAAGCAUCUCAAGCUGCGCACCAUGCUUUGGAGAAUCAAGAGCCCAUUCCGCAAGUCGAGAACCUUUCGCCGAAAAACGCACCCAAGUCCGAUCACAAGACUCCAUCCGAAUUGGAGCUCGAACGACUCGAGACAAGACUGCGCACGGUCCAGCUCGCUCUAGAGAUUCUCACAGGCAUGUGCGCCACACUGCCCGACCCAGAAAUCUUCAACGGCGCCGGCAAUGACGAGGAGGGCUUACAAGAUGGAAACCAGGACGACGAAGGAAUGGAUGACGCUCAGGACAUCGAUAUGGACGAGUCCACGUCCACCCCAGCGGCUCCGCCGCCCGCGUUCUUCACGACGCUCGUCACGUCCCUGCUCAAAUUGAUCCAGCCCACACCGCUCUCCUUACCUCCCGUGGAAGCGCCGUCGCCACAUCCGCCCACAACCUCGGUGCUCGGCGCAAUACACGUCAGUGCACUUGAAUGCCUGAACAAUAUUUUCCUCUCUAUGGCAACGUCGCUCAGCGGUCGGCCGUCAGGUCUGGCGGCAGAAAACGGCAGUGCCGUCUUCGAUGCGGUUUGGAGCGCGCUCGGGGCGGUCGGCACGGACAUUUCUGGCCCCGGACAAGAGCGCCGCAGAGAUGUGUGGGAGACCGGCGUCGGUGUUCUGUGGGGUGUUGGUAAUGUGUGGAAGGGGGCGCUCGCGCCCACGGCAGAGCAGGUCCAGGUCCUCAUUCAGUACUGCAACGCAUCCACCGACAUCGGGGUAAGGGUCAAGGCGAUCGGAACGCUCGAGUGUCUCGCGCAGCACCCACAGUCCAUCGAGGCAAACAAGACCAUUUCGUCAUUCCUGUUGUCGCUGUUACCGCCUUCGGCGACCCCGCCAACUGCGACCGAGCCGCUACUGCAGGCCGCGUCUGCGCUCAUCGAUAUCUACUCGGACGAGACACUCCCGUACGACACCAACUUCCGGCAGGGGCACUACCUGGACGCGCUCGUCCGGUCCACCGAGGGUAUCCGGCGCGCGGUGCGCGGGAUCGACCGCAAGAAGGAACGCGAACUCCGCGUCCGCGGCGAGGAGGUCCGCGACAACCUCGUCGCGUUCAUCCAGUACCGGCGCGGCCUCAGGCUGUGA